GCUUUCCAGUUGAAUUGUUAUUGUACGCUCUAUAUCUUGACUCGCCAUACAUCUGCUAGACAUUCCGAACGAGAAUACCUCACAACACUGCAAAGUACCUCGCCAUCCCACCAAGAGUAACAUUCCACACAUCCAGCCACCAUGGCACCCGGACUCGUCGAACCGCAACAUGAACCCAGCACCACAUCCAUCCCUUCCAAGCCCACAAACGCACACAACUACGUUCCCGGACGCUCCAAGUCCCAAAACUCCGAAGGCCCCUACGAGUACGAGGACCUGCGUCCGCAUUUCCCGGACAUCACAUGGCCAGCGUACACCGAGAUCCCGUACACAGACAAAGGCCAGCUAGGUGACGCAAACUUCAAGCACCUGCUUGCGUCAGCCACCGACGUAUUUGACUACAAUCCCAAGAUCGGCACUGAGAUCCACGGCGUCGACCUGGCCAACCUGAGCGACUUGCAAAAGAACGAUCUCGCUCGCUUGAUUGCCACACGGGGCGUCGUCUUCUUCCGCGACCAAAGGAACCUGACUAUCGACAAGCAACGCGAACUGGGGCAGUACUUUGGCGAGCUGCACAAGCACGCCACGACGGGGGUUCCGAGGCGACAAGGGCUCGAGGACGUGCAUGUUAUUUAUACUGGCGAAGGGAGUCCCGAUCUGCGCGCUCUAUUCACGCCUACGUUCCUGUGGCACUCGGAUGUAACAUACGAACUGCAACCGCCGUCCUACACGUCGCUCAAGGUGCUGACGGGCCCACCGCGUGGCGGCGGGGGUGACACGCUCUGGACGUCUCAGUACGCGGCGUAUGACAUGCUGUCGCCGCACAUGCAAAAGUAUCUCGAGUCGCUGACGGCGCUGCACUCUGCCGAGCUGCAGGCCCAGGGGAGCCGUGAGCUGGGUCGCACGGUGCGCCGCGAGCCCGUGACAACGGAGCACCCGCUGGUGCGGACGAACCCCGUCACGGGCUGGAAGAGCCUGUUCUUCAACCCGGGCUUUGUCACCAAGAUUGUCGGCGUCCCCAAGACAGAGUCGGAUCACAUCAUCGGCUUGCUGAACGAGAUUGUGGCGACAAGCCCUGAGAUCCAGGCUAGGUUCCAGUGGAGAGCGGGCGACGUUGCGUUUUGGGAUAACAGAGUGACGAACCAUUCCGCGACAUAUGGCUUUGCACCGCACCGGAGACAUGCAGUGAGGGUUGCUGCGCGUGCCGAACGACCGUAUCUCGACCCGCAGAGUCAGUCUCAGGAAGAGGAGCUGAGUGAGCGGUAUGGGGUGCCCAAGGCCAACAAGGAUGGUAGUGGCGUGGUGAACUAUAACGAUUAA